AUGGCUGGGAGGAAUUAUACCUUUGUGACUGAGUUCUUUCUGACUGCAUUCACUGAACAUCCUGAGUGGGGGCUCCCUCUCUUCCUUUUAUUUUUAAGUUUCUACCUCUCUACUCUGCUGGGGAAUACAGGAAUGAUCAUCCUGAUCCAGAAGAACCGUCGACUUCAAACCCCAAUGUAUUUCUUUCUCAGCCACCUUUCCUUUGUGGACAUCUGCUACUCCUCUGUUAUCAUCCCUCAGAUGCUGGCUGUACUAUGGGAACACGGCACAACCAUCUCUCAAGUUCGUUGUGCAGCUCAGUUCUUCCUUUUUACCUUCUUUGCUUCCAUUGACUGCUACCUCUUGGCAAUUAUGGCCUAUGACCGCUAUGUGGCUGUGUGCCAACCACUGCUUUAUGUCACCAUCAUGACAGAGAAGGCCCGUGUAGGCUUGGUCACUGGGGCAUAUGUGGCUGGUUUUUCUAGUGGCUUUGUGCGGACUGUCACAGCCUUUACUCUCUCCUUCUGUGGAAGCAAUGAAAUUAACUUCAUUUUUUGUGACCUCCCUCCUCUAUUAAAACUCGUGUGUGGGGACAGUUAUAUCCAGGAAGUAGUGAUUAUUGUCUUUGCCAUUUUUGUCAUGCCUGCUUGCAUUGUGGUUAUCUCUGUGUCCUAUCUGUUCAUCAUUGUGGCCAUUAUGCAGAUCCGCUCUGCUGGAGGUAGGGCCAAGACUUUCUCCACCUGCACCUCCCACCUCACUGCUGUAGCUCUCUUCUUUGGUACCCUUAUCUUCAUGUACUUGAGAGAUAAUACAGACCAGUCCUCAGAGGGGGAUCGAGUUGUUUCUGUGUUUUAUACAGUGGUGACUCCAUUACUGAAUCCACUCAUCUAUAGCCUGAGGAAUAAGGAGGUAAAAGAGGCCAUUAUGAAAUCUCUGAGAAGAUCAAAGAUUUCUGGAAGGCCCUAA